CACUGAGCUGAUUGGACCGGCGGAGUGUGAAUCAUACUCUGACCCCAUCGAUCAGCAAUCUAUCAUCUAUAACCCAGUCAGCACUCCGAACCCGUACCAGACCCGCGUUCAGGUACGCCGCACGUCGCCUUUUCAGGUCUCCCCGGGUCCGCUGACAGUCCCACCGUGGGUCGCUGCACCGUUCCAGUUCAAGAGCAGUUGCUUGACGUCGCUACAGUUAGCGAUCGCAGUUCUGUUCCGCACUGCUCAAGAGGGCAAACUGAGUCGGAGAUUCCGGGGAAGACCUACUAUGCUGUACUCCGAAGACGAAGAUGACAAAGCCUUCCUUCUCAGACUCAUGAAUAUCAACUUGUCCCAACCCGAUCUGGAACCCUCCGAAGAAAUCGGAAUCGCACUGUCAACACCCUCCAUCUUGUCGAUUGUCACCUACACACUGACCUUCUUGCUGGGUGUCCCCGGAAACGUGGUCGUCAUCUGGGUUUCGGGCUUCAAGAAGAUGGGGGGCAAGGGCAGAGUGGGUUUCCUGAACCUAGCUGUAGCGGACCUGACUUACUGCCUUACCCUCCCCUUCUUAUCGGGCAACGUGGCUUCCAACUAUCUCUGGCCCAGAGAUAAUGUCCUCUGUAAGCUCCUUCCCUCCGCCAUCGUCCUCAACAUGUCCGCCAGCGUCUUCCUGUUGACCCUGAUCAGUGUCGACCGCUGUUUUGCCGUCUUUCAACCCUUCUGGUACCGGCAACGGAGGAAUGCCUGUAAGCACGCAGCCUGCCUCGUGGCCUGGGGCCUUGCCUUCCUCAUGUGCUUGCCCACCCUGCUGAUGCGGCAGGUGGUCAGCUAUCCGGAGACGGGCUUGGUGUACUGCAGCUUCAACUACACCGGGACUUAUUUCGGGGAACAUACCAAGGCCGUAGUGGAGGUGACUCGGGCGACCUUGGCGUUCGCCAUCCCCUUCCUGAUCAUGGCAUCCUGCUACCUCCUGAUCGGCUGGAAGCUGAAAAGAGGCAAAGUCGCCCGGUACAGAAAGCCCAUCCGCCUCAUAUCGGUCGUGCUCGCCGCCUUUUUUCUGUGUUGGUUGCCGUAUCACAUUUGUGGCCUAGCCCAGGCUUUCUCCACCCAUCGCGCGGCCUUGCUCUGGGACAAUAUGUCCAUUGGCCUGGCUUCCCUCAACAGUGCCCUGAACCCCAUUCUCUACGUCUCCGUCGGUCAAAACUUCCGUCAGGUUUUCAAGCGUUCCCCCAUCACCUUGCUCCGCCAGGCCUUCACCGACGAGGCGGAUGGAGUUGAUUCGCAGCAAACCGAUCAGCCUAACCAACCAGGACGCCAGGUCUGAGGGCGAACUCCUGAUCGCCCAUGGUUCGAACACUCCCCACCCCACCCCUUCCCACUCUUCCAAUGUCCCGCCGUUGUCGCCUGGUGCCGCGGGGCCUGCCGAUUCAAGCAUCCGGUCCAGUGAACCAAUCAUUUAGGGUCGUUAGACAUCGUUGUUCUGCAGGUGACUGGGUUAUCACUCUAUUAUCUACCCGAGUGCUUUACCCAAACAGUUACGAGGCACCCUGUAAAAAAGAAAUUGCCCCCACGUCCAGCUUAGUGGCGUCGACGUGUUCCACUAUAAACUGGUUUGCUGGUUUCUGGGCAGGUCCUCCUCCUUGCAACGCUAACCAGAUAUGACGAUGACCGCUCCAUAAUUUUCUGCCACUCCACCUCCAACAGGUUCCCCUAUCAAGAUCCCCCUCAGCCUCCUACGCUCCCGACCCCCAGCCUCUCCGAUCUCUCCUCGGAACCGAAAUGCGCCAUCCCGGGCAGCGUCCUGUGAAAUCACCCCUUCACCCUUUUAAAUGCAGUCAUUUCAUUCCUAUAGUUUGGGGAUCAGCUGCGGGCUGGCCAAAGGUUUAUAAAGUUUACUUUCCUAAUCUCCUUAUUUGAGGAGGAAUGAACAGGUGCAAGUCGGCGGUCGAUGAAAUCUGAAGAAAAACGAAGUUACAACUGAAACAAACUGGAAAUGCAAACUUAAACUAGCUGUUUGCAAAUGGGAUAGCUCUUAUAUUUUCGAUUGAAAUCAUGUUAAUUCGAGUUUAUUGUCACGUGCACAAGCCUAGUGAGGCAGAGCACCGCAGGCAGAUAAGAAACAAGGUGUACGGAGGGGUUGAAUAAAAUUGGAUUAUUGCCUGAAGGGAGAGCCAGUGGCAACUUAUAAAUUUGCGAGAGGUGUAUGUAGUCAACGUAAGAGUUAUAAAGCUUAAUCGUU